AUGGCUCUCUCAAAGUCAAACAGGAUUAUUAUCCUGUUGGUCAUCGAUACCGCCUUUUUCCUUCUUGAAUUGAUCGUCGGUUACGCCGUGCAUUCGCUUGCCCUUGUUGCCGAUUCGUUUCAUAUGCUUAAUGAUGUCCUCUCUCUGAUCGUCGGAUUAUGGGCCGUCAAGGUCGCAAACCAAGAGUCCGACUCCAAGACAUACACCUAUGGCUGGCAACGUGCGGAAACCUUAGGAGCGCUCGUGAACGGUGUCUUCUUAGUGGCGCUUUGCAUGUCGAUUUUCCUCGAAGCGAUCCAACGACUCGUCGAACCGCAAGAAGUGAAGAAUCCAAAGCUGGUUAUGAUUGUCGGCUGCUUUGGUCUGCUUUCCAACAUACUCGGCCUGGUGCUUUUCCAUGACCACUCGCAUGGUCAUGGGCCAGAAGCAGAGGAACACGAACAUGCACACGGCGAGGAAGGAGACUUGCAUGCCGCGGAGGAGGGCCAUAUUCAUGAACAUACCACACACAAGGUGGCCGACGAAAGAGAAACCGCUGCCAGUAUUAUGCCUCAGAACGUGAUUGGUGUCCGGCGUACUGAUACUGAAGAUGUCGGAGAACGGCCUCAAAUUAUAGACAAUGAAAAUCUCCCGUCAUCGCCCUCCCAGCCAAAUGCAGCUAAGGGACGCACGCAUAAAAGACGCACAUCUCGUGGCUCGCGAGGCUUGGCUAACCUAGACGCUAUCUACGUAUAUCCAGGCGACCGAUACCAAACCAUAAUCAAUGCCGGCCAACUUGACAGUGCAUCUACAACAGAUUCGGAAGAUAGCGGUACCGCGUCUCCGGUAACCGAGCGUACACAGCUACUUGGAAAUCAAGAUCGCGCACCACGCUAUGUCGAUGGUGACAGCGUUGCAGCAUCCAAGACGGCCAAGGACGACACGCAUCGAACUCAUAACCACGCCAAGCCAAAGACAGGAAAGAAAUCCCAUGGUGGACAUUCGCAUGGAGAUCUCAACAUGCGUGGAGUGUUUCUACAUGUUAUGGGUGACGCACUGGGCAACAUUGGCGUCAUCGCGUCUGCAUUAAUCAUCUGGCUGACCUCAUACUCUUGGCGAUUCUACGUUGACCCGGGUAUUUCGCUCGUCAUUACAGUGAUCAUCCUCUGUUCCGCAAUUCCGCUCUGCAAAGCCGCCUCUAGAAUUCUGCUACAGGCUGUGCCCGCCGGAAUGAGCAUUGACCAUAUCCAAGAAGACAUCAACAGCAUCCGGGGUGUUGUGAGUUCGCACCAUCUGCACGUAUGGCAGUUGAGCGACACCAAGCUUGUUGCAUCGAUCCAUAUCCAAGUGGGCAGCGAAAUCAAGGACGAGUGGUCAGAUAGCUACAUGAAGAUUGCAAAGGAGAUUCGACGCUGUCUACAUGCUUAUGGCAUUCAUUCGUCCACAAUUCAACCCGAGUUUGCGCCUGGCACAGAUGUCGAGAGUCAUCAGGAUGGCGGUUCACCGUCCCAUGCCACUGAUAAUACACAAACUCCCAGCCGUGCUAGCAGUUUCCGGGAUGAUAACGCCUGUCUCUUGGAAUGUGGUGAUGAGUGUCCUCGCGGACAAUGCUGUCCCAAGAAGUGA